AGGGGGCGAGGGGAGGGGGUUCUCGUCGCGUCAUGGCGCUGUUGUUGGAGCACGAGUUCAAGCCGCUGCCGGCUGAUAAGCAGAUCGAAACGUUGCCCUUCCUGGAGGCCGUGGCUCACCUGCCUCCGUUUUUCGAUUGCCUGGGGACUCCCAUUGUCUACUCCCCGGUCAAAGCAGACCUGGCUGGAAAUAUCAAGAAAAUCCGGGCGGUGUAUGACUCCAACCCUGCCAAGUUCAAAACGCUGCAGAACAUCCUGGAGGUGGAGAAGGAGCUGCACGGCUCGGCCUGGCCCAAGACGGGCGCGACGCUGGCGCUGAUGUGGUUGAAAAGGGGCCUGAAAUUCAUGCUGGUGUUGCUGCAGAGCAUCUCCGACGGCGAGCGGGACGAGGAGCAUCCCAACCUCAUCCGAGUGAAUGCCUUGAAGGCCUAUGAGAUCGCCCUGAAAAAAUACCAUGGCUGGAUGCUGCAGAAGCUCUUCACAGGCUCAGUCUAUGCUCUUCCCUACAAAUCUGAUCUGCUGAAGGCAUUGGAGAAGGGAAAAGAAGUCAAGGAAGAGGAAAGCAUAGAAAAAAUCCAUCAGUUUGUCACAAGGGUCACUCCGAUCUUGGAUGCCAUUUAUGAGAUGUACACCAAGAUGAACGCAGAGCUGAGCUACAAGGCAUAAAGCUGGCACAGAUUGGCAUGGAUUGAGCAAGGUGUGAUGGGUGUUACCUGUGUCUUCAUCACCAAGGCAGCUGGGGCAGCUCUCAGCUCUCCAGUGCCUUCGGUUCCUGUCUGGAUCUGCAGUGGAUAACCUGUUUUCUAACCAAAAAAACUUCAUAUAAUAAUUCAUUUCCU